CAAAUGGGUGGUGCCUGUGCGUUUGAUUGACACUGUGUGUAGGGCUGGUGAGUUUGGUGCUAGCUUGCGGGGUCUGUGCACUGAAGGGUCAUCAGGACGGGAGAACUGUGUCACCCACGCUCGCAUUUACAGACUCUCUACUGUCUUGGGGCUUGGGGCACCGGAUGAUCUGCGCAUAGAAGGGCACUGUCUGGCACAGUUGACGUCCUGCCCAGUAGCGGCCAUGAUCUCAGCUAUGCAGCAGGUGUUGGAGAACCUGGGCGAGAUGCCCACCUCCACCGGAGCCAAAGACCUGGACCUGAUCUUCCUGCGCGGGAUCAUGGAGAGCCCAAUCGUACGUUCACUCGCUAAGGCUCAUGAGCGUCUGGAGGACGUGAAGCUGGAGGCUGUGCAGGAGAAUAACGUUGAGCUGGUGAAUGACAUCCUGGGAGACAUCAGCGGGCUGACUGUGAAUGAUGACGGUGCCGCGGAGCUCACCAAAAUCCUGCAGGAACCCCACUUCCAGUCUCUGCUCGAGGCCCACGACAUGGUGGCAUCUAAGUGCUACGAGGCCCCUCCCCCGCCGGACAUGACCAAUGAGGCGCUGGUAAACAGUGCUCUCAUGCAGGCCGACGCAGUCAGGAUGAUUGGCAUCCGCAAGAAGGCGGGAGAACCUCUGGGUGUGACAUUCCGCGUGGAGAAAGAUGACCUGGUCAUCGCACGGAUCCUCCACGGUGGCAUGAUUGACAGGCAAGGCCUGCUCCAUGUAGGUGACAUCAUAAAGGAAGUGAAUGGGAAGGAUGUGGGGAAUAACCCGACAGAACUGCAGGAGAUGCUGAAGGAAAUCAGCGGGAGCAUCACCCUCAAGAUCCUGCCCAGCUACAGAGAUGCCCCCGCAGCCCCACAGGUCUAUGUGCAGCCUCAAUUUGACUACAAUCCAGCCAAUGACAAUCUGAUCCCGUGCAGAGAGGCGGGUAUAGACUUCAAGCGAGGGGACAUCCUACAGAUUGUCAACAGGGAGGACCCCAACUGGUGGCAGGCGUGUCAUGUGGUGGGUGGAGCGACAGGUCUGAUCCCCAGUCAGUUCCUGGAGGAGAAGAGAAAAGCAUUCGUUCCUAAAGACUGGGAUGGAGCAGGUAUUCUCUGUGGUACGAUCACUGGUAAAAAGAAGAAGAAGAUGAUGUAUCUCACAGCCAGAAAUGCAGAGUUUGACAGACAUGAGUUGCAGAUCUAUGAGGAAGUUGCAAAGAUGCCACCUUUCCAGAGGAAGACCCUGGUUCUGAUUGGUGCACAGGGAGUGGGUCGACGCAGCCUGAAGAACCGAUUGGUGGUACUGCAACCCGAACGCUUUGGAGCCACAGUACCAUUCACAUCACGGCGGUCACGUGACGAGGAGCGUGACGGCACCUCCUACCGCUUCGUGUCACGGACAGAAAUGGAAAUAGACAUCCGGGCGGGCCGCUACCUGGAGCACGGCGAGUAUGACGGCAACCUGUACGGAACCCAGAUGGAGUCCAUCCAUCAGGUGGUGGAGAUGGGCCGAACCUGCAUACUGGACGUCAACCCUCAGGCUCUGAAAGUAUUAAAGACCUCAGAGUUCAUGCCGUAUGUUGUGUUUAUCGCUGCCCCUGAGUUUGACACGCUGAAAGCUAUGCACAAAGCUGUGGUGGACGCUGGAAUCACCACCAAGCAACUCACAGAUGUGGACUUGCGGAAGACGGUGGAGGAGAGUGCACGUAUCCAGAGGGCCUACAGUCACUAUUUUGAUCUGACCAUUGUCAAUGAUAAUUUGGACCAUGCGUUUGAGAAGCUUCAGGCCGCCGUUGACAAACUGUGCACGGAGCCACAGUGGGUCCCAGUCAAUUGGGUUUACUGAGUGUGUCUAUACACAUGCACAUAGUCUCACACACACACACACACACACACGUCACACUGAGGGUGUGUGUGGUUUGUGUAAAUACCUCUGGAGAGUGGGGUGGUUGGCGUGUCAGUUUUCCCUUGAGCUGCAUGAGAACCAUCUGAGCCACUCCUGUGUGAAAUGAAAUCCCACCCCCUUUUGCAUAUUCCAACGAAGUGUUAUUUUCUACUGAAUCUGAAAAAUCUUUUAUUUAUUUUAAUAUUUGCAACUUUUUAUGAGAAAGUAUUUCUAAUCGCCACAACAAGGAAUUCAAAAGGAGAACAUUUAAAAGAGAGAAGCUGUAUGUUCCGACUCACCUCUGUGUGAGCGUGUGUUUUGGUUUUUGGAGCUUCCUGGACCCAAUGCUGAUAUUUAAUGUUUUGUUACUAAAAUGGUCACAAUAAAGAAAUGCAUCUUGUAGCUUAAUUGAUAAAGGGCUUUACUGGAACUGUGAGGAAGUAGGCAAGAACUAAGGCAAAAGAACCAGAGGGGCAGAAUGGAGAGAAAGAAAGUUCCUGGACCCGUAUAAGAUAAAUACUUUUUAAAGAACUGUUUACAAUGAUGUGCUGUAGUUGGUUGCCAUGGUGGUGGUUAUGCAAGACGAGCUGAAGCACAUCGCUGAGACCCUCAGACAACUGUGAUAGAUCUUCAAACGUCACCUCUAUUCUUUGAUCCGUUUCUUCUUUCAGAAGGCUGGCGUCCCCUGUGCAUGUCUGUGUGUCAUUAUGACUGCUGUGUUUUGUAGCAUUGGUCUCUUUUCUUGUAUUGUUUUUAUUAUGUUGUCAAAAGAACACUAUUUGUCACACGAACAUCACUUUAGCUUCGAGUUCUAGUCAUCAGGUUCUCUUUCCCAUGACGCUUUUUAUAGUUUUUUUUUAAAUGGAACCAAAGUCACCCUGUGUAGGAAUCACUCAUGUUGUCCUUCUGUUUAGCAUAUAUAAUAUGUAGAUCUUCAGUCUGUGUCACUGGUGAAAAUGUCUUUCCCACAAUCCUUUGCUGUGUCCUGACCUGUUUGCCAAAGCCGACAUGUCCAUUAAUGUGUUUGUUAAGUAACUGGUUACAUUUGUGUUUGUGUCCGUCUUACUGCCCUCACUGGUACUGUAAUGAUAUUAUGUAUACCUCCGUAUACAGCGCAAUAAAAUAAAAUUUUACCCCCUUGAA